AUGGAGGACGUCCUUGCCGUGUACGGCGACGUCACCAUCGAUAAGAAGAUCAAGAACAUCAAGGUCAAGGAGGUCGAGCUCGACCAUGUCACCCUUGUCUUCAAUCACGACGAUCUGGAAGUCGAGAUGCUCAAGCCUAUCCCGUUCAAAGAGCAUCUAGAGAGCUACGAGCAGGUUCAGAGCCAGAUUCUGUCGAUGGCCCGCGAGGCAGCUCCGAAGAGAAACGUCAGCCAUCUCCAGGUGCGGCAGGUUUGGUAUCCGCAGACGGCACCUGAGCGGAUUCUGAUGGUUGUGAUGUCGAUGAUGAUGGUGGCAAAGGGGUUCCCUUUCUUAAUCUACGAUGUGAUUUUGAGCCGUGUGCUGCCCAUUCCAAACGAGUGGAUCCAGUCUGUCAAGCCGUACAACGAUUUUGUUCUCGUGACAAUCGUGGCUCUGCACGCCGUCGAGGUGGCCGUUUUCUUGGUUCCGCGCUUUUUCAAGUACAGAGUGGCCCCGGAUUACCAGAUCGAGUGGCUUGUGCUGACCACCAUCGAGGGUUAUCCUGCGAUCAGGCGGUUUGACAGAAUUGUGGCCGAGAGGGCGAAGCUCUGGAAGCACUACGAGGAGGGCGGCAAGCUCAUUCCGGACAAUAAGGAGUAG